CUCAAUUUAUGAUGGAGGGAAACUUUGUUUCUUACAAGUCUAUGACCAAGAGAAAUAUUCUAGCAAUUCUCUUUGUUCUGGUUCUAGUGCAAAAUAUGGGAGGAAAAGCACUUGCCAAAGAUUGUAAUCUUCCGGGGGACUAUUGUACUGCAUUUGGUGGUUGUUGUCCAGGAUAUUAUUGCUCUAGAGACAAAAAUACUUGUGUUGAAUAUCCGAACCCGAGUUGUAAGAAAUCGGGGCAAAAUUGUGGUGGAUUUCAAGGUUCAUGCUGUGGAAGAAUGGAUUGUUAUCGAUCUUGGUCCUUGUUCAAAGGCGUCACCGCCGGAAACUUACUCGGAGGGACUUGUCAAAAGGAAUGAUGUUAUGGGAAUAUAAGUUUUUAAUUUGUGAUCGUCUCAUCGGCUACAAAACUUUCUUUUGCUUUGAUUUUAUGUUUGAUAAUAAAUUGAU